GGAGGAGGGCUCCGGGAGGCCGCGGAACAGCGACCGCCGCCAUAUUAAGGAGCGCGGAGCCUGGGGUCCCGUCGGCGGCGGCCGCGGCAGGACCAGUGGAGCUGCGGGCGGCGGUGGCCGGCGCGGCGCGGCGCCGGGAGAGGCGGGGUCGGCGGAGCCAGCGGGCGACCGGAGCGAGCCAGGCUGACCUUGGCCGGCUGACGUUGGCCGGCGGGCUGGGCCUGCCCUGCGUCGCCAUGGACCAGGACUAUGAGCGGCGCCUCCUCCGGCAGAUCGUUGUUCAGAAUGAGAACACGAUGCCCUGCGUGGCAGAGAUGCGGCGAACCCUGACGCCCGCCAACUCUCCCGUGUCCUCCCCCAGCAAGCAUGGAGACCGCUUCAUCCCCUCCAGAGCCGGGGCCAACUGGAGCGUGAAUUUCCACAGGAUCAAUGAGAAUGAGAAGUCUCCCAGCCAAAACCGGAAAGCCAAGGACGCCACCUCAGACAACGGCAAAGACGGCCUGGCCUACUCCGCCUUGCUGAAGAACGAGCUGCUGGGAGCCGGCAUUGAGAAGGUGCAGGACCCUCAGACAGAGGACCGCAGGCUGCAGCCUUCCACGCCUGAGAAGAAGGGCCUGUUCACGUAUUCCCUCAGCACUAAGCGCUCCAGCCCUGACGAUGGCAACGAUGUGUCUCCCUACUCCUUGUCCCCUGUCAGCAACAAAAGUCAGAAGCUAUUGCGGUCGCCACGGAAACCUACCCGUAAGAUCUCCAAGAUCCCCUUCAAGGUCCUGGACGCACCAGAGCUGCAGGAUGACUUCUACCUGAACCUGGUGGACUGGUCAUCCCUCAACGUGCUUAGCGUGGGGCUGGGGACCUGCGUGUACCUGUGGAGCGCCUGCACCAGCCAGGUGACCCGGCUCUGCGACCUCUCAGUGGAAGGGGACUCGGUGACGUCUGUGGGCUGGUCUGAACGGGGGAACCUCGUGGCCGUGGGCACGCACAAGGGCUUUGUGCAGAUCUGGGAUGCGGCUGCAGGGAAGAAGCUGUCCAUGCUGGAAGGACACACGGCUCGUGUCGGGGCGCUGGCCUGGAAUGCUGACCAGCUCUCGUCUGGGAGCCGGGACCGCAUGAUCCUGCAGAGGGACAUCCGGACCCCGCCCCUGCAGUCGGAGCGGCGGCUGCAGGGCCACCGGCAGGAGGUGUGUGGGCUCAAGUGGUCCACGGACCAUCAGCUCCUCGCCUCGGGGGGCAACGACAACAAGCUGCUGGUCUGGAACCACUCAAGCCUGAGCCCUGUGCAGCAGUACACGGAGCAUCUGGCGGCCGUGAAGGCCAUCGCCUGGUCCCCACACCAGCACGGGCUGCUGGCGUCUGGCGGUGGCACGGCCGACCGCUGCAUCCGCUUCUGGAACACGCUCACGGGGCAGCCUCUGCAGUGCAUCGAUACGGGCUCCCAGGUGUGCAACCUCGCCUGGUCCAAGCACGCCAACGAGCUGGUGAGCACACACGGCUACUCGCAGAACCAGAUCCUGGUCUGGAAGUACCCGUCCCUGACCCAGGUGGCAAAGCUGACCGGGCACUCCUACAGGGUCUUGUACCUGGCCAUGUCCCCUGAUGGAGAGGCCAUAGUCACUGGUGCUGGGGACGAAACGCUGAGGUUCUGGAACGUCUUUAGCAAAACCCGUUCGACAAAGGUAAAGUGGGAGUCCGUGUCAGUCCUCAACCUCUUCACCAGGAUCCGGUAAAGCCUCGGGCCUCACCGUCUGGGUCAGAAGAGUCCCACCUCUCGUCGGCGUGCAUGGACCCUCCCCUCCCCAGCACGCGGUCCCUAGAGGAGACAGCCGGGGCGGGUGGGGAGUCGGGCCUGGAGAGAUCCUGAAGAUUCUCAUUAAAGCCUGAUUGUGAACCCUGGCAGCCGAUGUUUGGGGCGGGGACGUGGCCGGGCCCCAGCAGGGACCAUCUGUCUGGCUGCUCAGCUCGGAGCACGAUGGACACCUCCUGGGACCCAGCCUGCUUCCGUCUGCGUCCGCCGCUUCAUCGUCGGGGCUGCAUGCUCUUCCCAGAAGCACGUGCUCACCGUCACCACCGCCAUCACCACUCACGCCUACGGGACAGACAGCUGGACGCCAGGCCGCUCAGAUGGGGCUGGGCAGACGGCUGAGGUCGGCCCAUGGAUCAGAGGGACAGAGCCACCUGAUAGGUUUCUCUGUGGCCAGUCCCGCCGCCCUUGCCCCGGCAGCCACGCCGCUGACUUCCUCGGGGGCACGGCGCCACGUCAGGAGCGGGCCCCAGGCAGUGUCCAGGCCGAAGGAGGUCAUCUCGAGAUGGACUUGUUGUCUGCGGAAAAUGAGACAGGCCCGCUCUCUGUGUUGUGCUUACCCUGACCCCGCACUGUCCUUGUUACUAACGGGGGUCACGGCCCUGUUUUAUCCCCAAGCAGGACUCAGGUGCUUGUGGCUUGCUGGGCAGCUGGUCAGGGUGACCCAAGGGCAGAAUCGACCCUAGGGGCCGGGUCCUGUGGGCAUCUGGCCCCUCCUCCCCAGCCCCUUCCCCUACCCCAGGCCACCCCAUUGGGUCCUGUCCAUCUGUGCCAUUGCCGUGGGGCAGCCAGGGGAGGAGGCACCCGUAGGUUCCUCCAGAAACUUCCUGAGCUUCCCCCAACCCACUCUGCUCUGUCCGCAGCUGCGCGUGAGCCCAUCCCCUCCUGCCUCAUCUCCAGACCAGGAGACCAAGAGGGAGGAAGGGAGGGCCUGCGUGUGGCCGGGGGCAUGAGUAGCAGUUCUCCCCCUCCUCCUCCCCUCCUGGAUCACGGGUGCUGAUGGAGUGGACAGGGUGGGGCAGGCCUGGGCUGGGGGGAGUCCAGCAGAGCCCUCCGGGUCCCAGUGGCCUUGUGCCCCCCCGUUGGCCAUGUGUGUGCACAUGUAUAUAUGUACUUGUGACUCUUCUUUGGAUUUGUUUGUGUUCUUGUAGGUUGGUCCCAGCAAAGUUUCAGGCUGGUGGGGAAGGAGCAGUGGCUCACCCACUACCCACUGGGGGGGGACAGCGCUUACCGCUCCCGGUGAGCUGAACCUGCCUGAACCAGGGGAGCGGUGGGAGCCCGCCUCCCCAGCCCCAGGCCCCGCAUCUGCCUGCCGCGGGACGGACGAGGGACGGUGUACAUAGAUGUGUGUAUUUUGAUUGGUCAAGUUAUUUUUGUUUGAGUGUUUUUUUAAGAAAACAGUCCUGACUCGGCCACGCGCUCGCCUUGUGCAGUUGCCGGAGCCCAGGAGCUGGCUGUGCCUGGGACACUGUGCCCCCCGGCCUGGCGGACCCCCCGCCUGGCGGACCCGCGCCUGGGAGUUGCGACAGCGGGGCGGGAGUCUGCGUGGGGCUAAGUGCACGGCAGCGGACGGGGGGCGCCUGGUGCGGAGCGAGCCUUGUUUCUUGUGAAGUGCGUCGUCGUCAUUAAACCAGU